AUGUUGUACAUGAAGAAUGAGGAUAACAUCGAGUCAACUAUCAAGUACUAUGCUAAAGUUGUGUUAGUGCCGGAUGCUGACCCGCUCUGGAUCAAGACGCUCAAGGAGCUCGUGUUUGGGCUGUGGAGAAGGAGCGAAGAGAAUCCAAGGCCGUCGUACCCCAGCGGUCGAAUCUUCGCCGACGAGACAAUGAUCAAGAUCCUCAAGGCCGCCUUCGGAACCGAGGAUUCAGCGUUCUUCGAAGAAGCCGCCCGGUGUCACAAGGGCAAGCUGGCAAUGGACUUCUUCGCUUGGGCUCAGAAGCAAUUCGCGUGUGGUGGAAGUUCCUUCGCUAAAGUGCAAGACGGAUAUGACUUCGGUCUGCUUCGGGUCGGUCUCAUCUGGCAACUAUGGAUUGCAUUCUACGGUCCUCGCCUACCCAUACUUCAAGCCGAGACAUACAGCAGUAGCGCGCUUGGUUCUCCGGACUCAAUUCAUUUCCGACAAAUUUCGGAACUGGCGUACUAUCAACGACUCCGAGAUCUGCAAAAUAACAAGGAUGUGGAACUCGACCAAAAGACUGGCCCGGCCACACCAGAAGAGACACUGGCAUUUGUCGAGUCACUGGUUCGUCACAGUCUCGACAAUGAUCUGAUCCAGACCUUCUGGCAAAGGGUCGUCACCGGAGCCCCCAGCAUAAGCUCAUCCACAUUCCACUACCUCCGGCUCCCCUUUAUGCCUUCCUUCCUGCCAUUCUGCCAACAGAGCCCUGCUCACCCAUCCGUCGCAGGCUUCAGCCAGACGCUUGUGGCGAUCCUCUACGCCUACACCAGCAACUACUUCGGCCUGAAGCCCAGCCGGCCACCAGCAAUCUCGUCCGCCCCACGGUACAAUCCUGUUGCGGCGACUGAGCGUCGCGCGCAUAUCCAUCAGAAGCUCGACCAGGCGCGCGUGGACUGCACUCACGAAACGGACCAUUCUCGCUGGACCAACGCCAAGUUGGUGGUGACCAAGAACUUUGCCCAGGUGGGGGAUUCCCAGCUCGCGUGGCAGCAGAGGAAACUCGAGGCCAGUAAGCAGAUCCAGAGCUUUGAUCAGGUGCGUCUCGCAAUCCUGCUCCCAGAUGACUACGAGAAUAUCGUGCGCAUGCGCGCGCUGGAUGUCCCGUCUGAGCAGCCUGUGGCAUCGAGAUCGGAGUCUACCCCUGCAUCGAUGAGCCAGCAAUAUCAGCCGGGCUUUUGCAAUUUUCCACCCGCACCCAACGUGCCAUUGCUAGCUGGGAUGAAGAGGACAGCGGAGGAGGCGGACUUCGUAGAUCUGACGUUGGAUGAUUGA